AUGUCUGUCUCCAUUUCAGAGUUGGACAACACUGUCCGCGCCUUUUACGAAGGCAAAGGCGAUGUGCAAAAACAAGCGCAGCAAACUCUCACCGAGUUUAAACAAAAUCCCGAUGCGUGGUUACUGGUGGGCGACAUCCUCCAGGAGUCGUCGUACUCGCAAACAAAAUAUCUCGGCCUACAAGUCUUGGACGAGGUUAUUAUGACAAGAUGGAAAGUUUUACCCCGGGAUCAAUGCCAAGGUAUUCGAAACUUCGUCGUCAACCUGAUCAUCGAGCACUCCAAGUCGGAAGAAAAAUUGAAAAGCGAACGCGCCUUCCUCAACAAGUUGAACCUGGUCCUCGUGUCCAUCCUGAAGCAAGAAUGGCCUCACAACUGGCCUACGUUUAUCAACGAGAUAAUUUCCUCUUGCCACACCAGCCUUUCCAUCUGCGAGAACAACAUGGUCAUCCUCCGCUUACUGUCUGAAGAAGUCUUUGAUUAUUCGCAGGAUCAAAUGACCUCAACCAAGGCCAAGAACCUGAAGACAACCAUGACCCAGGAGUUUUCUUCCAUCUUCCAACUCUGUUCAGAGGUUUUGAAUACUGCGAACCAGCCCGCUUUGAUUAAAGCCACCUUGGAGACCUUGUUGCGAUUCCUGAACUGGAUUCCGUUGGGAUACAUUUUUGAGACGCCCAUCAUCAGUACCCUGAUGAACCGAUUCCUCGAUGCGCCCGAGACUCGCAAUAUAACUCUCAAAUGCCUCACCGAAAUCGGAGGUUUACAGAUUGGUCAGCAGUACUCGUAUGACGAGAAACUGGUCCAAAUGUUCACCGAGACUCUGACAUGCGUGUCCAAAACCAUCCCAUUAUCGAUGGACCUAAAGAACACUUAUGCGAACAGCAACUCGAGAGAUCAAGAGUUUGUUCUCAACCUAGCACUCUUCCUAUGCAACUUCUUUAGCGUCCAUCUCAAUCUAAUCGAGAAACUGCCCAACCUGGACUAUCUAACCCAUGCACACUUCUACUUGAUCCGCAUCAGCCAGAUCGACGACCGUGAAAUUUUCAAGAUUUGCCUGGAGUACUGGACUAAACUUGUGCAGGAAUUGUACGAAGAAAUGCAGCAGCUACCCAUCACCGACAUCAACCCUCUGGUUAGUAUGGGUGUAGGUGGAAUCGCCAACGGUGGUGCCCCGCACCCAAGCACCCUCGCCAACUAUCCAUUGCGCAAGCACAAAUACCAGGAAGUGUUGUCAAGUCUACGAACCGUCAUGAUCGAAAAAAUGGUUCGUCCGGAGGAGGUCUUGAUUGUGGAAAAUGACGAGGGAGAAAUCGUCCGAGAGUUUGUGAAGGAAAGUGACACCAUUCAGCUCUACAAGACGACGAGAGAAUGCCUUGUCUACCUUACACAUCUCGACGUUAUCGACACUGAAAGCAUCAUGGCCGAUAAACUUGCCAAACAAGUCGAUGGGACUGAGUGGUCGUGGUCCAACUGCAACACAUUAUGCUGGGCAAUUGGUUCCAUUUCCGGAGCUAUGAAUGAGGAGACGGAAAAGCGUUUCCUCGUCACUGUGAUCAAGGAUCUCUUGGGUCUCACCGAGAUGAAGCGUGGAAAGGACAACAAAGCUGUGGUUGCGAGCAACAUCAUGUACAUUGUUGGUCAAUACCCUCGAUUCCUCAAGGCUCACUGGAAGUUUUUGAAAACUGUGGUGAACAAGCUCUUUGAGUUUAUGCACGAGACACACGAAGGUGUCCAGGAUAUGGCUUGCGACACGUUCAUCAAGAUCGCCAACAAGUGCAAGCGGCACUUUGUCGCCCUUCAGCCAGGCGAAAACGAGCCUUUUAUCGAAGAGAUUGUUCGCAAUAUGCGGAAGAUUACAUGCGACCUUUCCCCCCAGCAAGUGCAUACGUUUUACGAGGCUUGCGGUUAUAUGAUUUCUGCCCAGGGCCAAAAGGGUCUCCAGGACCGCCUGAUAGAAAGCUUGAUGGCACUGCCCAACUCGGCAUGGGAUGCCAUUAUUGCCCAGGCUAACCAAGACCCCUCAAUCCUGCAAGAUUCCGAGACCAUAAAGAUCGUUGGCAACAUCAUGAAAACAAAUGUCGCUGCUUGCUCCUCCGUGGGCAGCUACUUUUACUCCCAAAUUGGCCGAAUUUACCACGACAUGCUCAAUAUGUACCGUGCCUCGAGCCAGCUUAUAUCCGAUGCCGUUGCCAGUGACGGAACCAUUGCAACGAAAACCCCAAGAGUGCGAGGGUUACGGACUAUCAAAAAGGAGAUUUUGAAGCUCAUCGACACGUACGUGCAAAAGGCCGACGACCUCGAAAUGGUGAACCAGAGCAUGGUACCUGCGCUUCUAGAAGCCGUGCUACUGGACUAUAACCGCAACGUCCCAGACGCGCGCGAGGCAGAGGUCCUAAAUGUCAUGACGACCAUCAUUCACAAGCUUCAUAAUCUCAUGGACGAUAAGGUGCCUCUCAUUAUGGAAAGCGUCUUUGAAUGCACUCUGGAGAUGAUCAACAAGGAUUUCCAUGAAUAUCCAGAACACCGUGUCCAAUUUUUCAAGUUACUUCAAGCGAUAAACCUUUACUGUUUCCCUGCUUUGCUCAAACUAGACGGAAAUCAGUUCAAAUUCGUCAUUGACUCGUGCAUGUGGGCGAGCAAACAUGACAACCGCGAGGUGGAAAACACGGGAUUGGCCAUGUGCCUUGAGCUCAUGAACAAUAUGGCCGACGCUGAUGUUCAAACCUCGAGUAUUUUCUUCCGCCAAUUCUACCUGCCAAUCCUGCAGGAUGUAUUUUUUGUGCUCACUGAUACCGACCACAAAGCUGGCUUUAAAUCUCAAGCAAUGCUUUUGUCGCGGAUGUUUUUCUUUAUCGAAUCGGGUAAAAUACAGGAACCCAUAUAUUCAAGCGAUCAGGCACCUUCGGGAACCUCCAAUAAGGAUUUCCUACAGCAGUAUGUCGCCAACAUUCUUCAAACUGCUUUCAAAAACCUUCAAGAAGUCCAAAUCAAACAAUUUGUCGUUGGGUUGUUUGCCUUUAAUAACGACUUCAAUAAAUUCAAAACUCAUCUCAGAGACUUUUUGAUCUCUUUGAAGGAGUUUGCGGGAGAUAAUGCCGAGCUCUACGCCGAAGAACGUGAGCAGGCAUUACAAGAUGCCAAAGCCGCCGAGAGGGAUCGGGCUAUGAAGGUUGGAGGAUUGUUGAAGCCGGCGGAAAUGGACCAGGAUGACGAUUUAUGA